GCUGCAUCAUGGGCUGAUGCUGGGGCGGCAUCAUGGGCUGAUGCUGGGGCGGCAUCAUGGGCUGAUGUUGCUGGGGCUGCAUCAUGGGCUGAUGCUGCAUCAUGGGCUGAUGCUGCUGGGGCUGCAUCAUGGGCUGACGCAUCAUGGCUUGAUGCUGCUGGGGCUGCAUC